AUGCCGAAGCUGAAGAAGCUCGAGCUCGUGGAAAAUGUCAUCUUGGAGCUGGGCCUGAAGGACUGUGCCAACACGAAGAUCGGAGGCGAGAACUCGCACGGCAUCAGCGGUGGCGAACGCCGCCGCGUGUCCAUUGCGCUGCAGCUCCUCACCGACCCCAGCGUGCUGCUUUUGGACGAGCCCACGUCGGGCCUGGACAGCUUCACGGCCAACAAACUGAUGAACACCCUGCUCGACAUUGCCCACCAGGUGGUCUAUUUUGGCGAGGCGAGGGACAUUCUGGCGUACUUUGACGAGCUGGGCUACGUCUGCCCGAGCCACGUCAAUCCCGCCGACUACUUCCUGGAUUUGAUGACGGUCGACCCGCGCAGCGAAGAAGCGGAGAAAGAGUCCAAGGACCGCCUGGAGACGCUGACCCAGGCAUGGACCAACUCGGAAGACCUUACCAACACACUCAAACAGGUGCAGGAGGAGAAGGAAGCGCGGGCGCUCAACCUCAACGCCGAGAAGGAGGAGAAGAUGUAUUCCCUGCGGUCGGCGCUGCCCGCCUACAAGGCCUAUCCGAUCCUCGUUCGGCGAGCCUACAGGAACCUUCUUCGCGACCCGCAGGCUGCGCUCACCCGAUUCACCCAGGUGAUGGCUUUUGCGGUGAUCAUGACCAUCUGCUUCCUGCGUAUCGACAACGACCAAACCGGAGUACAGAACAAGCUCGGCUUCCUGUACGAGGUCCUCUCGCUUCUGUUCGUCGGUCAGCUCAACGCCAUCGCCAUGUUCCCGGGAGAGCGCAAUGUGUUUUACCGAGAACGCAUCGACGGGCUCUACGGCACAACAACGUUCAUGCUCUCCUACAUGUCCAUUGAGAUCCCGCUCGACCUCAUCUCCGUAGCUGGCUGCUCGUGCCUCACCUACUUCGUGAUCGGGCUAAGCUUGGAAGACGCUUGGCGAUUCUUCGUGUUCUACGGCGUGGCUCUGGCGUUCCUGUUUACGGGUGAGACCGUGGGCCUCUUCCUGUGUUCGCUCUUCUAUGACGUGGGCAUUGCCAACAUGCUUUCAGCGGUCAUGUUCUCGCUCUUCCUGCUGAUGAGCGGGUACUUCCGCGGGGCGAGCUCACUUCCGUACCCUCUGCGUUACGCCAACUACGGUCUCAUCACCUACUACGGCGCCGAGGUGCUGGCUGUCAACGAGUUCCACGAGCUCGAUCUUGACUGCGAGCCCAGCCAGGCUGUCAACGGGACCUGUACCUAUGCCAACGGUGAUGCUGUGAUUGACAGCCUUAACUUUGAUGUGGAUCGCUUGUGGCCCUACUUUGGGACGAAGGGCUACGACAAGUACCAGCCGGGAACUCCAUCGCACAAGCUGCAUCUCAAGAACCUGCACCGAAAGAAGGAGAUCUCUCCCUCGGAGCUGCUCCGUCUCUUCGGCUCCUUCGUCGCGCCAGGCCAAAGCCCAAACGACAUCGAGAUCAAGGUGAUGACGGGCCGUAUGAGCGGCCAGGCCUUCGUCACGCUGGCCAGCCAGGAACUCGCCACCCAGGCCUUGGCAGCCGUCCACGGCUACGUCCUCCACGGUUUGCCCAUCCUCGUCGAGUACGGACGUGAAGCCAAAGGCAAGCCGAUGGCAGAGUGA